AUGGACUUGAUAACAAUAAAUUCGUCAUCUUCCAGUGGUAGAAAUAAAAUUCGAAGUAGGAAAAAAUCAGCUUUUCUUACACUCAAGAAGUUACUUUUCAGAGCAACAAGCGAAGUGAAACUUGGACAAAUAACGCCGCCUUCGCGACUAUUAAAAAUACUGACGGUUUUCUCUACUUUGGACCAAGUAGGCGAAACGAUUACAAAGGCUGCUGAAAAGUUAGGCUUUGAAAUCACAACUUGUAACUCAGAUAAAACGGCUCUGGAAGAGUACCAGCAGAGACUUCAUGACCUUGUUAUAAUAGAUUCGCGGUCGCCGAAAGGAAUCAAUUACGACACAUUAUGUCGGUCUCUCAGAAAUACCAAAGGAAAUCAGCAUACUGUUGUAGUCGCUGUUGUAAAAAAGAGUGCGUUCGAAAAAGAUGACAAUACGAUAGGAUCAUUAUUAGAUUCUGGAUUUAAUAGGUGUAUGGUAGAAACAACAAACAUAGUAGCCAGUGGAAACGAGCUGAUUUUAUUGCGGCAUAGUGACAUUCGGCCGUUGGCUCAGCAUGCAACAACGCAAGGACUUUAUUCAGCCCUUGACAAAUGCAAAGAUAUCGUCGUAGUAACAGAUGACAAAUAUAACUUACAGUACAUUAAUAGGGCCUGCGAAAAACAACUCGGCCUAAGGCAAGAAGAAGUCUUGGGAAGACCUCUUCAAGAUCAACUUAUGUUCGAUCCUGUCCAAGUAAAUCCAAUGGGAUCAUCUUUGCUAAGAGGAAAAGAAUGGCACGGUUCCAUAACGCUCAAAAAGAAACCCUUAGAAACUAUUUUGGCUUCUUGCAAAGCUGUCCCAUUUGCAUGUGCUGGAAGGCUACCCACGCAUUUCGUCCUCGUCUUCGAUUUGAACCCCACGGACCAAUUAAAUAUGUUAGCUCAAUCUAGAGGUAGUAUCCAUUCUAUAAGAAGAGGUUCAACAGAUGUAAGGAGUGUCGGCAGUGACUUCUUAAGGCGGACAUCUCUUGCCAAACUUAAUGCUUUGCCUUUGGAAGCGCCUAUUACAAAAGUUGUUGGUUUAAUCGACCAAGCUAGAGAAAAUUCAAACCAAAACCCUUCAGUGGUGCAACUAUUAGAUAAAGUGGAAGACAUUUUGAAGAGCUGUGAGCUAUAUUCGACCCACGUAAAAGAAGAUUUAAGAAUAAAAUCGGAUGAACCGGUGGUCUCUGAUCUGAUCACAGCACUGUUGUCGAAACAGCCUCAACCGACAUUAAGUGGCUCAUCAAGGAGAAGUAGUAAUGAUUCUUCGGUAUUUAGACAAUCAAGGGGAGGACUGCUCAAGGUUCCUACGGUAAUAAAAGAGUUACUGGAUAACUGUCUAUCGUGGGAAUUCGAUAUAUUCCGACUUGAAGACUUAACUAAGAAGAGACCAUUACAAUAUUUGGGAAUGAGUUUAUUUAACCAUUUCGAAGUUGCCAGUGUUCUAAACUGUGACGAAAAGACUUUAUUUAAUUGGUUGACAGUGAUAGAAGCCAAUUAUCAUAUGGAAAACUCUUAUCACAAUAGCACACAUGCCGCUGACGUUAUGCAGGCUACUGCGGGAUUUUUGGAAAAAGAUCGAAUGAAAUCUAUAAUAGAGCAACUAGAUGAGGCGACUACUUUGAUAGCAGCCGCUGCCCACGAUGUUGAUCAUCCAGGCAAAUCUAGCGCCUUCUUAUCCAACUCAGACAAUCAGUUAGCAAUUUUAUAUAAUGAUGUGACCGUUUUAGAGUCACAUCAUGCUGCUCUUACGUUUAAACUUACUUUGGGUGAUGAAAGAAUAAAUAUUUUUAAGAAUUUAGAUAGAGAAACGUACAAAAUAGCUAGAGCAAAUGUGGUCGAUAUGAUCCUAGCAACGGAAAUGACAAAGCAUUUUGAACAUCUCGCCAAAUUCGUCAACGUGUUUUGUACCAAAUCUUCAAGCUCGGAUCUGGAGUCUGAAGUCUCUGAUUUCGCUCCACUGUCGAUUCCUGAAAAUGUAACCCUAGUCAAAAGGAUGAUGAUUAAAUGUGCCGAUGUAUCCAACCCCACGAGACCUCUAAGAUUAUGCGUUGAAUGGGCGAGGAGAAUCACAGAGGAAUAUUUCCAUCAAACCGACGAAGAAAAAUCGAAAGGUCUACCGGUAGUGAUGCCAAUGUUCGACAGGUACACCUGCUCAAUACCAAAAUCCCAGAUUGGAUUCGUUGAUUACAUUAUCAAUGAUAUGUUUGAAGCGUGGAACGCUUUUAUUGACAUGCCAGAAUUGCUGGCACAUAUGAGACAAAACUAUAUAAGAUGGAAAGAACUAGAUGAACAGGGUCAUACAACACUUUCAGAUAUACAAAAACUCCAGGCUACUGCUUUGAUGAACCCAAUGUUUCCCCAAAAGCCUACCAAAGGCGAAUGA